UGACGCGAGGCAGCGCGGAGCCAUGGCGGAGGCAGUGGCGGAGCUGCUGUUCCUCGAUACCUUUAAGCAUACCAACUCUGAGCAAAACACCCACGUGGAUGUAGUCCGCUUUCCUUGUGUGGUUUACAUAAAUGAAGUUCGUGUCAUUCCUCCAGGAGUUAAAGCUCACAAUAGCCUGCCUGACAGCAGGGCGUAUGGGGAGACUUCCCCACAUGCUUUUCAAUUGGAUCUAUUUUUCAACAACGUCAGCAAACCAAGUGCACCCGUUUUCGACCGAUUAGGAAGCCUUGAUUAUGAUGAAAAUGCAUCUAUAAUUUUCAGACCAAACAAUAAGGUCAAUACAGAUGGAAUUGUUCUGAGAGGUUGGUACAACUGUCUGACCUUGGCGAUUUAUGGGACUGUAGACCGUGUGAUAAGUCAUGACCGAGACUCUCCUCCUCCACCUCCACCUCCUCCUCCUCCAUCACAGCAACCGCAGCCACAACAACAGCCACCACAAGCUCAGCAGCAGCAACCACCGCAACAGCAACCAGCUCCUAAAAGGAGUGUAAAACAUGAUUGGGAUAAGGAGGAUCAAUACAAUGAAAAUCCCCCAAGACCACAGCCAAGGGGACCACGAACACCUCCAGGUCCCCCUCCACCCGAUGAUGAUGAAGAAGAAGCAUUACCUCAGACUGAAAGUGCGGAUAAAGUGGAUGAAAGUGAGCCCAGAGAGGAUUACUUUGAACCCAUUUCUCCGGAUCGUUCGUCCAAUCAGCAAGAGGCGCAGUUUUCUGAUGGUGAGGAAGAGGUAGAACCGCCAGAGGAGGAAGAUGAAGAGGAGGAGGAGGAAGAUGCAGCAGCAGAGGGAGAGGAAGAAGAUGAGCGUACUGUGGAGAGUGCUGAAGAAGAAGAGGAUGUAGAGGAAGAAGCGGAAGUUGAUGAAGAUGACGGAUAUGAACAAAUAUCCAGUGAUGAAGAUGGAAUUGCAGAUCUGGAACGUGAAAAUUAUAAACUGGGUUUUGACCUUGACUAUUCUGUCGAAGACUUGACGUCUGUGCCUCCCUUGGCGUAUGACUCAUAUGACCGAGAGAUAGGACCUCUUUUGUACUUUAAUCCUCCCUAUAGGACUAAAUAUGAGAAUGAAGUGGUUAGAUUAAAGGAACUUGAUCUAGAGAAGGCAAGUAUGGGGAAUAUAGAUGCUGCAAUUAAAUUAAAGGAGCUUCUUGAACUCUACAAAGAUGAUAGAGGUGCCAAAUGGGUAAUGGCGUUGGAAGAGAUACCGAGUUUACUGGUUAAAGGUUUGAGUUAUAUUCAGAUAUUUGAAAGUGACCAGGACUAUCUCAAACAACUUGUAGACUGUACUAUGGAUGCUUUAAGCCUUCCCACAGCUGUAACACAGCCCAUAGCUUUGAACGUAAGGCAGCUUAAGGCUGGGACAAAACUUGUUUCAUCUUUAGCUGAAUGCGGUUCUGAAGGAGUUUCGGCCCUUUCAGAGGCAGGUAUUAUUGAUAGGCUCUUUGUUCUGCUGUUUGCAGAACACAUGUCAUCUUCGUUGAAACUAAACACACUCAAAGCUUUGGACAGUGUCAUUAGUAUUACAGAAGGCAUGGAAGAAUUCUUGAAUCCCAAGGUAUGCGAACAAGGAAAGAGUGGAUAUCAAAGACUAAUGGAGCUAAUUUUGACUGACCAGACCGUGAGAGUUGUGACUGCUGGCAGUGCUAUCAUUCAGAAAUGCCAUUUCUACGAAAUAUUAUCAGAUCUCGAAAAGACGGCAGCCCACCUUGCAGAGAGUACUCCUGUCCCAUCAAAUAUAAACGAGGCUGACCAUGAUAUUGGACGAGAAAAAGUGAGUAAAGACAAUGACGAAGGGGAUCUUGAGACUCCCACAGAUUUGGACCAUUUGUUGGAAGCUUCCAAUAUCAGCGAGGUGGAAAUGGAAAAACUUGUAAGCAUUCUUGACGAACUUCUGCACUUAUUGGAGGCUGCGCCUUACUCUAUGAUACAACCACCCGUUAAGUCAUUUCCAACAGCAGCUCGAAUCACAGGUCCUCCAGAAAGGGAUGAUCCUGCACCUGCUUUGUUUAGGUAUCUCAACAGCUGUCGUUUUCUGGAAUCGCUCACCCUGCUUCUGUCUAUUCCUGCAACCAAUGCUCACCCUGGCUUACUGCAAUCCAUUAAAGAAUUUAUUAAGUUCCUCAUUCAGAUACAGAAUGGCCUUUUAUUCCUCAGUGCAGAGUGUGAAGUAACCAAUCUGCUGAUCAAUGCCUUGGCUCAGAUAUCUGAUCAAGAUCAAGAUGACAGCGGCAAUGAUGAUGCCUUGGCCAUCUGGCUCUUGUACUCAUUACAGGCAUUACAGUAUGUUUCUGAACUGUUUGACUAUCUGAAUCGAGGCUUGACAACUGAGGAAUCUGACCGUGCGGACGUAUUGGGAACUCUUCAUAGCCUCUACCUCAUUACUUUCAAUCCGAUUGGAAGAAGUGCUGUGUCUCACGUUCUACACCUGGACAAAAAUCUUUCCAGUCUCAUUACUCUAAUGGAAUACUAUUCCAAAGAACUCUUGGGGGACACAAAGUCCAGAAAAUCUGUUGCAUGCAAUUAUGCAUGCAUGCUUAUCUUGCUAACGGUGCAGUCUAUCCACGAUGGACAAAUGUUGGAACAGCAUUCUGCUGGACUUCUGAGACUCUGCAAAGCUGACGACACCAACCCCAAACUACAGGAGUUAAGUAAAUGGCUGGAGCCACUGAAAAAUCUGAAGUUUGAAAUUAAUUGUAUUCCUACACUUCUUGAAUAUAUCAAGCAGAACCUGGAUAAUCUGACCAUUCAGAUGACUCAGGAAGGUGCUGGUUUAACCACUGCUCUGCGUGUCCUUUGCCAUGUUGCCUGCCCGCCUCUGCCACUUGAAGGUCAACAGAAAGAUCUAAAGUGGAACCUUGCAAUUAUUCAGUUGUUUUCGGCAGAAGGAGUUGACAUAUUUAUUCGAAUUCUGCAAAAGCUGAACAAUGUCCUCCUACUGCCUUGGAGGCUGCAUGCAAACAUGGGAACUACUUUGCAGAGAAUUAUGAUCCUUUCCAUUACAAGGUGCACCCUUUCCCUUUUAAAGGCAAUGCUGACUGAACUUCUGAAGGGAGGGUCAUUUGAAUUUAAGGAUGUACGUAUCCCUACUGCUUUGGCAACCCUUCACAUGGUCCUUUGCUCCAUACCUUUGUCUGGGCGACUGGAUGAUGAAGAACAAAAGAUUCAAAAUGACAUUGUUGAUAUUCUACUUACUUUUACUCAAGGCGUUAAUGAACAGGUCGCGUACUCUGAAGAGUCUCUGGCAAACAACACAUGGUCAUUAAUGUUAAAGGAAGUCCUUUCCUUUGUACUGAAAAGACCAGAAGGAUUUUUCUCUGGAAUGUCAUUGCUUUCUGAGCUUCUACCUUUCCCAUUGCCCAUGCAAACAACUCAGCCGAUUUCAGCAGAAGGUGUAGCUAUUGCCUUGAAUACCAGGAAACUGUGGAGUAUUCACCUCCAGAUACAGGGAAAGUUUUUGCAGGAGAUAGUUCGGUCCAGCUUUGCAUCCAGCUGUCAGCCUUUACAGCAGAUUCUCAGACGUGUGUGCAUACAACUCUGUGAUCUGGCUUCUCCCACAGCCCUUCUUAUCCUGAGGACCGUAUUAGAUCUGAUCAUUGAAGAAUUAAGCAGUCCUUUAGAAGGGAAAGAGAAGACCUUCACUGCCCAGACUGGACGGCUAAUUGCAUUGCUGGAUUCCUUAGCUUCCCACGGAGCUUGCAAAGCUGCUCUCCUGCAUCUUCUAAGUGGAGCAAGCAAGGGUGAUGAGAGGUUUGCAGAAGUAUUUCGGGACAUGCUGGAAUUGUUACGGACAGUGGGUGACAACGUACAUCAUCAGCAUUGUGCUGAGUAUGUUGCUUCUUUAGUGCAAUCCCUCUGUGACCAGGACAUUUCAUUAAUCUUGAAUAAUUCAUCUGAAGGAUCUGGUACUGACCUGGAGCAGCUGUCCAGUUCCCUGCCCAGUGGAGAGUUUUUGUCAUUAAUUUGUGAUACUUUCUUGCAAGCACUGGCUAAUAAUGAGACCACAUUUACCACAGUUCUUACCUGCCUCAGGACCAUGAUAUUUUUGGCAGAACAUGAAUAUGGAUUUUUCUAUUUGAAGAGUGCUUUGAGACAAUUUAAUAACGCACUUUAUUCCCUGCUAAAACGUGUGGUUCAUAAUUUCAACAAAGAAAUGGCUGACGUGGCUUCCACGUUGUUGGACUUCCUGCGGCAGAUCAUAAAUACAGACAAUUUGGCCAGCUGUGGAGAAGAAGGUGGUCCUAUGGAGGUAGACGGGCUCCAGACCCCCCGAUCUUCUGCCCUCAGUGCUGCAGAAGUGAAGCAGCUGUUAAAGUGGAAAGAAUCUACUGACGAUCACUUGCUGUUGGAACUGGAUAAAGUUGUAACGGAGCUGUGUAAAGAGGAUGAUAGUUUUGACUCUUUACUGGAAAGUGUUGUUGGAUUGCGACAGAUAUUGGAAAGUACUCCAGAUGUUUUGCCCACUACUGAGCAGGAUGUGGAACCCGUUCUUCCAGCUACAGAACCUCUUCCUGUCCAGUUUAACAACAGGACUGUGUAUGUGUUAGCAGAUGUUGUAGAUGACCAGUUAAAGACGCUCUGGCUUUCACCAUUCCAAGCUGAGGAGCUUGAAACUGAUUUGGAUAUGGUCAAGGUUGACUUGAUUGACUUGGCUGAAAAGUGCUGCUGUGAUAUGGAUUUGAAGGCGGAAUUGGAGAGAUCUUUCCUUUCAGAGCCACCCUCCCCUGGUAGAGCCAAGGUGUCCAAGGGCUUUAAAUUGGGAAAACAUAAACACGAGACCUUCAUUACUUCCAGUGGAAAAUCAGAAUAUAUAGAGCCCGCUAAACGUGCUCACGUGGUACCACCUCCACGAGGACGAGGCAGAGGGGGAUUUGGGCCGAAUUGCCGACCUCACGAUAUAUUCAGACAACGGAAGCAGAAUACAAGCAGACCGCCCUCAAUGCAUGUGGACGAUUUUGUUGCCGCAGAAUGCAAAGACGUUCCUUCCUCUGGGCCGCCUCCGCCAAAGAGGGCAAAUAAAGGGCUGCAGAAAGCUCCUCGUGGUGGGUUCUCUGGGAAUAGGGGACGAGGUGUGUUUCACAGUCAAAACCGCUUCUUCUCGCCUCCUGCGCCCAAAGAAGGUCUGCCUUUUAUUCCAGCUCAUGCUGUAGGACUACUGCACCCCAGCACUAGAAAUCAGUUUCAUUUGUGCGCUGGUAUUUCAAGCCCUUUUUAUGCAGCAAAAAGUCAGGAUGAACGGGGAAGUUACAGCCGACGUGAAGGAGGGCGCGGCUCAGGCUGGAAUGCACAAAACAGCCCCCGGAUCAUCUACAGUGAAAACAGAGGGGCUCAGGGCAACUUUAACAAAGCACUUCCAUCCAGACAGCCGUCUGCAGGUUAUCGACAGAGUCCCCGUGACCGUGCAUCAAGAGGUCGAGGAGCGGGGCCAUCGUGGGGAGGAGGUGGCUCCCGAGGGAAGUUCAGUGGAGGAAGUAGUGGAAGGGGAAGACACGUGCGAUCAUUUACUCGUUAAAUGGAGAUUUUCUCUUCAUCCGUGAACAAUUAAAUGUUUACCCACUCAAGACGGUGAAGUUGUGAGAGAUUCUGUAGUGGAGUACAUGGCACUGACGGACCAACGUUUGACACCAGUAAAUUCUGGCAGUGAGAUUUAGUUGAAAGAAGUGGUUAUUUUUGUUGAAAAAAUUUGGAAGAUGUUGUUCUUUUAUAAUUG